CGUCAAUAAGCCUGCGCGACGUGGAACCGACGUCAUCGCGGGCUCGCCGUCGCCGUCGUCCGGAGGAGCGAAUGCCAGACGAGUUAGCAUGGCAGAAGAAGAAAUUAGUGGAGAAGACUAUCCAACAGAAAUUCAUGACUAUCUGUCAACAUUUGAUAAUUCCCUUCGUUCUGUGGAUGAAAUGCUAAAGACUAUGAUGUCAGUUUCUAGAAAUGAGUUAUUACAAAAGUUGGACCCACUUGAACAGGCCAAGUUGGAUUUAGUUUCUGCUUAUACGUUGAAUUCAAUGUUUUGGGUUUACUUGGCCACUCAAGGAGUUAAUCCCAAGGAACAUCCAGUAAAGCAAGAAAUAGAUAGAAUAAGAAUAUAUAUGAACAGAGUCAAAGAAAUUACAGACAAGAAAAUGGCUGCCAAAUUGGAUAAAGGAGCUGCUUCAAGAUUUGUAAGGAAUGCCCUUUGGGAAGCCAAAACAGAAAAAGGAUCAAAGUCUUCAAAUAAAGGAAAAAGGAAAAAGUGAAUUUUUGUUUUUGUUUGGUGAUUAUUUAGAAGUAUUCCAUAUUAACUGUUGGCCUAUCCCUUCAAAAACAGGCAGAAAAUGGAAGAUUUUAUUGAAUUUCAACUAGAUUUAAAUAUUUGUUGGUAUGACAUUUUUCUUGGAUUUGUUUCAUAAUGUGUUCCCUUCAAUAUUUUAAUUGAUUUUUCUAGUUCUUAAAAAUUUUAAAUUUCAUAUCCAUAUUUUGCUAAGUACUAACCUGUAAAUUAUUAUGUUUCAGCUGAGUCUUUUUUGUAAACAUGUUUGUUAUACUGCCCUUAUGAAUUAGAGGAAUUCUGCAAGUGAAAUUCAGUGUUAUUAGUAUAUCUGUUUACAAUAUAUUGUGUUAAAAAAAAGGAUAAAGUGACUAAAUAUUUCUUUAUAGCACAAAUAUUAUCUUUUUUGUUUCUAAAAAUCAUUGAUAAUUUAAAAAUUAAUAAUUGAAAUAUAUUAAAGCUUAAAGGGUCAUAUUUGGCUUACAAUUAUUUGUCUACAAUGUCCAUUUAAAAGUAAAUGAAAAUGUUAUUUAAGAAUUGAGAUUGCAUCCUGAAGGACUAGGUUUUGAGUAAAGAAUCAGAAAUUCUUUUACCGAAAGAAUCCCAGAUAUCAUCUAUUUUCAUCACCCUCCUUUUACUAGUGAAAACUGUAGCCCAGAAGUGUCUUGUUCUCAUUCCCUCAUUCUAAAAGCUAAGGUUGUUAUCUUUAUUGUUUCAAUGACUCUUUUGAAUAGGUUUUUUUCAGUUGAUUCAUAAGAUAGUCAUCCUGUUCAUAGAAAUUGCAUUGUAGAUGUUCCUGUGAAUCAUUAACCAUAAUUAUUUGUUCUUGAUUCAGAAUAUUUAGGCAGCUAUUUAAGCUUUCUCUUUUUAAAGUGCUUUGUCUAUUCUUUCAGUUGUGUUUUCUUAGAUUACAUUAUGAUAAUACUUGCAAGUAUCUGUGUCAAGUAGAAUCUAAACCAGAGAGGUGAAAGCAGCCUUAUAAUUUGUCUCAUUUUGGUGGAACAUUUAUUAGUGAUAGUUCUGUAUUGAACUUUUCAAUAUUUCAUGAACUUUAAGCCCAUGAACUUUGACUGUAUAUUUCCAAUUAAUGCAAAUGUAAAAAAACCCAUGCCAUCAUAUAAAGAUAUGCCAAGAACAGUAAAAUACUUUAAUUUUUGAGAAAGAAGAUGAUAUGAUUUCUGUGUGAUUAAUUCUCCAUAUGUAACCUUGAAUAAAUGGAUUUCUUGAUUUAUAGAAACAGGUAUUGGAAAUGGUCUUAAAAUGUAAUGGAUUUUGUAAAGCAUUUUGGGCUCUUUCUAUGACACGUGAUGAGGAAAGCAUUGAUGGAGGCACAAAUUCUGUUCUGGCUAUAAUGUCAGAUAAUUUGAAGACUGGAAGAACAUUUAUAACUACUGCAUACUCCACUUGCAGCCUCUAAAAUAAAAUUAUUUUCUUUAAUUUUGUGAUAAUUGUUAUUAUCAAAUUAAAUGUAGUCUGUGUUUUUAUGUUGUCUAUAGCUAUUAUGUAAUGGUUAUUUCUGAAUAUUUCCUACUUUUUAAAAUAAAAAUAAAGGAAAUUAUUUGUCAUA